UUAACCUUCACUAUCAGAAGAGCAGAGUGUACAGACCGUGCAAUCCAAGUUGAUGAAACAAGUGGUGAUGGGACAGAUAAUCUAACCAAACUUGACGAGAAAACAAAUCUCCCCCAAUAAGGAACAGAUUCCUCUGGAAAAGUGACAUUAUUUCAAACUUGAAGCGGAUUGUAAAAACUGAAGAGAGUGUGAACCCAAAGUCAAGGUUCAAGAUCCCCCCCCAAAACAGGAUUUUACUCUUGCGUGGAGCUUGACUUGAGUUUCAGAGUGUCUUUUGUCCUCCUCUUGAGCCUAGAGCCGAGGGGGGAGGCAAAGCCGUGGCGUCUGCGGGAAUGAAGUACAGCUACCAGUACCCGGUGUCACAGUACACACGCUCCAGCACACACUACACCUCCACUCAUUACACACCGUCACACUACUCCAGCAGUUCGUACUCGCCCGGAUACUACAGUUCCACAAAGUACAGCCCUACUACACUCCACACGCCAUCAUACCACACUCCACCGGCUUACACGCCUGCCUACAAGCCCACCUCCACUUACACCCCCAUUUAUAGCAAGGCGUCCCGGCAGAGCAGCUCAGCCCGGACAAGCGUACAGCUUACUCCUACCGUAGCCCUCAAACCCGCCCGGGCCGUGCGCUUCACAAACGAUGUCGUAUUCCAGGAUUUGGUCCGGCACAGCGAGCUGGAACAGAUCGGUCGGUUUAUGAGGGCGAGGAAAGUGCGUCUGGACACCAUCUUUCAUUCUGGAAUGGCAGCACUCCAUGAAGCCGUGCUCUCAGGAAACCUGGAGUGUGUGAAGCUUCUGAUAAAGUACGGAGCUGACGUUCACCAGAGGGACGAAAAUGGCUGGACUCCACUGCAUAUGGCGUGCAGCGACGGUUAUCCUGAGAUUGCACGGUACCUUCUCUCUCUGGGUGCCAGUGUGGAGGCCGAGAAUGAAAAUGGAGAGAAACCAGCAGACCUCAUCGACCCAGACUGCAAAGAACUGCUCAAGCUCUUCGAGACGGGCUGUGUUUGAGCGCUGACCCUCGGAAGAACUUGAAAAAAGCUAGCUUUCAAAAAACACUCAGAUCACUCUCCUGAGCUUCGCAUUUUGUGUGGUUCUCCUGAAUAUUCUUUAUCUUUUUUUUCUUUUUUGGGGGGGGGAUUUUAGCUAGACACAACAUUAUUAUACAGUACAGAGGGACACCAAACCCUGCAUAUCUGUUUGCUUUUGAAGUCAUUUAAGUAUUUCUGAGUGAAACACAGUACUGAACGAGGAAAAAUAAAGGGUGGGACUUUUAUCCAUUGGGAAUAGAUUGUAUUAUGAAAAGUGGGUGUAUAUAGCAGUUAGAUGGUUUGAGGGAAGGUUUUCUAAUGUCAGACAAAAAGAAAAGUUGUGUCAGAGGGGGAGCAAGUUAUUAAACUUUGAUUUUAAAAACGAAGACAAUGGCGUACACAACAAGACCAGGAACGUUUAUGUGAAACUGUCGCUUUUAUAAUCAUCAUACAUUUGCACAAACCAGCAUCUCUCAAUGUUUACAGACAGAUCUUCUCUGUACGCCAUCUGCAAUUGUUCUUUUUCACUGCUGUGUUAACCAUACUUUGUACCAGGGGUCCCUGUGACAUGCUCUUGAUUGUUAUCAUUUUCACAAUUCAGAAAAGUGAUCUUUUAUGUGACAAGGGAUACAAUCCUGUUUAUGCAAAGAGAUGCUUGCUGAGAACUGCACACCCCAGAAUGAAGCGUGGUGCCGUCUGUCUGCUGGGCAGCAGGAGAGCACAGAACCACAACCUGCCGUCAGACUCGCUUAUGAAGAAAUACUGAGGUUUUGUGCAUUACUGUUAAAAGUGAGGGCACUACUGACAUUUUGAAUGUCUCUUGUCAAAGUCUUAUCUUUAUCUUAUUUUUUACAAUGUUUUCUUAAAUAAAAUGCUGCUUUUAUAUAAAUGUUAAGUUGUGAUUUGCAUCAAACCCUUUGAAGAUUAUAAAAACUUAAUGCUGCCUAACUGGAAUGUAUAGAUGACGUGAUUUACUGAUUUAUAUUUUUCUCUCAAUAAAAUAUUUGAUAUAUGUGUGCCUCAAAAGACCUUAUAAGGUUAUGAUU